CUUUAUCUGAGACUUGGGUUAAACAAGAAGAUGGAAUUAUUAUUUUUUCUAAACCUAAUGUUUCGGCCGAAGUUUUUGAAGUUGUACUUAGAAUAGCUUUAGAUAAACAUGAUGGUGUAGAUAUUCUAAAUUUGUUAAUGGCUGCAGAUGAAUUAAUUCUCCACGAUUUAUUCGGUUAUAUUCAACAGCAUCUU